AUGCAGAUCUUUGUCAAGACUCUGACUGGCAAGACCAUCACCCUUGAGGUGGAGUCUAGCGACACCAUCGACAAUGUGAAGAGCAAGAUUCAGGACAAGGAGGGAAUUCCCCCAGACCAGCAGCGCUUGAUCUUCGCCGGAAAGCAGCUUGAGGACGGCCGUACCCUGAGCGACUACAACAUCCAGAAGGAGUCCACUCUUCACUUGGUGCUCCGUCUUCGUGGUGGUAUCAUCGAGCCAUCUCUCAAGGCUCUUGCCUCCAAGUACAACUGCGACAAGAUGAUCUGCCGAAAGUGCUACGCUCGUCUUCCUCCACGUGCCACCAACUGCCGUAAGAAGAAGUGCGGACACACCAACCAGCUCCGCCCCAAGAAGAAGCUGAAGUAA